AUGUGGAAAGAAGAAGAUUGUUUUUUGUGGCUGGAUUCUAAAAAUCCAAAAUCGAUAGUUUAUGUAAACUUUGGUAGCUUGGCAGUUACCAGCCCUGAUAAGGUGGUAGAGUUGGCAAUUGGCCUAUGCAAAAGCCAGCAAAACUUCUUGUGGAUCAUCCGCCCCGAACUCAUUUCCGGCGGCGACUGGUCUGCAAUUCUCUCUCCCGAGUUUAUGGAUACGAUCAAGGGCGGCGGCAAAGGCUAUGUGGUGGGUUGGUGCGAUCAAGAACAAGUGUUGAACCACCCUUCCAUCGGAGGGUUCUUAAGUCACUGUGGAUGGAAUUCAAUUGUAGAAAGUAUAACUGCGGGAGUGGCAAUGAUUUGUUGGUCAUGUUUUGCCGAACAACAAAUAAAUCGAUUGUGUUGUUGCUCUCAAUGGGGGUUUGGUCUAGAGAUAGACCUUGAUGUUAAUAGAGAGAAUGUUGAAAGUGUCGUGAGAGAGCUAAUGGAAGGAGAAAAGGGCAGAGAGGUGAAGCAGAAGGCAAUGUUUUGGAAGAAGAGAGGUGAGGCAGCCACGGCAAUGGGAGGCUCAUCAUUUGUGAAUUUGGAUAAGUUGAUUGGGCAAAUAUUGUUGAGUGAUGGCUGA